CCAUGUCCUACAGCAGCAGUCCCCAGCAGCCCAGCCCGGUCACCAUGUCCAUGGUGAAGGCAGAACCAGUGUCCCACUCGCCUCCGACCGGCACGCCCAACCACCACCGGGGGCCUUUGCAGGGAGACCUCAGGGACAUGAUCAGCAUGUACAUUCCUGGACCAGGAGGCGACGCCGGCGACCCCACGACAGCACAGAGGGGCUACACCAGCGUCCAGCAGCACUACCUCACUGGGACUGUCCCGCUCACACACAUCUAG